UUGAUGUAUAAAUUUUCAAAUACGUUCUCAACGUUUUUACCAAUCAUCACUGUUUGAAGAUUCAAACGUUAAAUGGAUGUUGAAGAGGUAAUGGACAUGGAUAUACAGGAUCUUAAUGGAACAAAAAUUGUUCAAGAUGGUUUGGUGGUUAUGGUUGCAGAGUUCAUGCAGACUUUCGAAACAAUGUGGGGGGAAAUGGGGAUCAGUGCAUCAGUUCAUAAAAACAGACUGGAUGUUAUUUUACAAUAUGUCCGAAGUUUGUUUGUGGAUAUGAUAAAUGAUGAAAAAGAGUUUAUGUUGGAAUUAAAAUCAAGUAUUGAAACCUAUGAAAGAGAAUUGCUUGAUCUAGCAAAGGAACUUGGUGAAGUCCCUUACCAGCCUGAAGGAGAUAUAAAACUUGUUGAACUUGAGAAAACAUUGCGAACAAAAUUGAAUGAUUGGAACACGGAAAAAUAUCAAAGACUAAAAGCUCACAAAAGACUUUUAGAGACUGAAGAAAUGCUUUGUAAGAGAUUGGCAUUACCACCACAUGAUGCUGGGAUCAAAGAAGUACCAACAAAACAACAACUUAAUGAAAUAGAGGAAAACAUUAAGUAUAUGGAAAAUCAGAUGACACAGGGAAUUGAGCAGUUCAAGACUUUACGUCUUUCAAUUUUUAAUCUUUGGGAGGAGCUCGAGAAAGUCCCUGAGACAGAAUUCGAGAAGGACUUGGCACGUGAUGAUUCUGAGGCAUCAUUUGUAUUGUCCAAGAACAAUCUGAAUGCCAUGAAAGAGCUUAAAACAAAGCUUGAGAAACAACAAAAGGAGAAUUUUGGUAAAGCAGCUCGCCUUCGUGAACAAUUAAAAAGACUCUGGGAUAAACUUGAUGUCGAUGAGAGCGAACAAAAAAGAUGUAAUGGAGCUUGUUCUGGUUUUAGACCAUCUGUAAUACUUAAAUUAAAAUCUGAAGUGGAGAAAUUGGAAGCGCUCAAAGUUCUGCACAUCAAAAAAUUUAUCGAGGGUUCAAGAAAAGAGUUGAUGGAGAUUUGGGAUAAAUGCUACUUUGGAGAGGCGCAAAGACACGAGUUCACGCCUGCAUUCGAUGAAAAUUUCAGUGAGGAUGCGCUUACUCUUCAUGAACAUCAAGUCGAAAUUAUGAGAAAUUAUUUUGAGGAAAACAGCGCAAUUUUCAAACUCGUCGAAAAGAGAGAAAGCCUGUGGAAGAAAUAUUUGGAGUUUGAGAGCAAAGAAAAUGAUCCAAACAGAUUAUUUCUCAAUCGCGGUGGUGCUUUACUCAAAGAAAUGAAAACAAGAAACACUGUACAGAAAGGUUUACCAAAGGUUGAAGAAGAACUGAAGAGCGCUAUAGUAGCAUGGGAACAUGAUAACGAGAAUGUGUUUUUAGUGAAUGGUGAAAGAUAUCUUGAGGUUAUAGAAAGACAAUGGCUAAUGCAUGAAGAAGAAAAGAAGAGAGCAAUUGCCGACAGGCAAAAAGCCAAAAAAGAAACACUUAACAAAGAGAUGGUUUACGGUUGUACGCCUAGCAAAAAAGCUACGCCUGCAAAAACUCCGCUCAGCAGACGGCUACGUUCUGCCAGCAAGAUGAACUCGACCGCAAGUUCAACCGCUACAACUCCAUCAAGAUUAUUUCAAUCAAGUGUGGCCUGCAACAGAUCUCCACUAACACCACGCAAAAAUCUUAUGUCCACUUUAAAUAAACCUGCAAAGGUUAACAAAGGCAAAGUGAUCAAGAGUCAAAGACGACGUUCAUCUCGACUUUCAAAAAAACUGGCCAAAAAAGUGUCAAGCAAACCUCUCAACACAACAAAGUCAUCGGGCUCUUCAAGAGAUUCAACAAUGAUUGUUGCGCGAUCUGGGGACCCUACGAAUAAAGAAUCGUUAUCAUCUUGUACGUCAUAUACUGAAUUUACAAGUGGUUUACGAGGACAAGCUGAGCCGACUGCAGUGUUAAACAGUACUCGAUCUCAAAUGGUCACAUUCGUCUAAAUCCGAUUGAGAUGGCCUCCCCAUUACAGAUCAAGCCUUAGAUCCCGCAGGGAUUGUCACACAUAUAUAUAUAUGCACAUAUACCAAUAAUAGAUAGGGUGCAAAUGAUUGACAGGGUAUAUAUAGUUAUGGAAUAGUGUGAGGUGUGACAACAACUACAUUGACACUGUUUAUAUAUAUAUAUAUAUAUAGGUUUGCCCUCGUUGCAGGGAACAGUCUAAGCGGCAAACGACUGUAGCGUACAUCAAGGCGGUCAGUUAUAUAUAGUAUAUUAUAAUUAUACUAUAUCAGCGCUCUGGCGUACAUCAUCCUCCAAGAAACCUUACGAUUGUGGACGACAACGUGCCGAUGAUGGCCAAACCAACUUCUUUCAAAAGCAAUAUCUUGUCGUAUAUAUUCGUACAGCCAAUUUAAGUAUCGCGAGUUUAUGUUUAAUGAAGAAACAUUUGCUGCAGCGACAUGAUUGCAUUGUCUGCUAGCCGUUGUCAUCGCGUUGCCGCUCUAAGUUGUGAGAUUCUAAUAAAAGAUGCAUGAAUGCCGUCCUCUCGCCACUCCCCUAGCGAUAUGCCGAUUAAUUAGGACGUGCAGACUAUAUAUUAAAAGCAUUGUAAACACUUUUUAUCAAUCCCUUGCCCUGUAUAUAGCUACUGUAGACAAUUUUUAGCCUUUACCACCAAUAUAUA